AUGGAGAACGCAUCAGGUUCAUCGCGGGUUCAAGAACCGAGCUCCACUCCUACGUCCACCGCGCCGGUGGCUCCUGUCAUGACGAGUCUACUUCCACCGCCCAAGCCGUUGGAUAUUUCCGGUGACAUGUGGCAAGCAUGGAAGACUUGGAGAGCAGAGUAUGAUCUCUUCGCCGUUGCAACCCACCUCACCCAACAACCUAGCAAGGUACAGGCAGCAACAUUUUUGGUAUGCAUCGGUGACGUAGGGCGGCGGAUCUUUGAUACGUUCGUAUUCGAAAAUGAGGCCGACAAGCAGAACGUUGAGGUCGUUCGAACGAAGUUUGAGGCCUACAUGAAGCCAACAGUCAACCUGACCUACCAUGAAUUUGUCUUUGGAAAACGGGACCAGAAGGAAGGCGAGAGGUUCGACGACUGGCUCACAGAACUCAGGACGCUGGCUCGGAACUGUGAGUUCGGCGACUUCGAACAAAGGAUGCUGAAAAGCCGUAUAAUACUGGGAGUCAAAGACCAACAACUACAAAGAAAACUCAUAAGCGAUAAUCCAAGCUUCACGAAGGUCCUCGAGUGCUGUCGAACCCAGGAGAUGUCAAAAGAGCGCUUUAUGGAAAUACGCAAAGAGAAGGUGCCUGACGGGGCAGAAGUAAACGGUUUAGCAACCUGCACAUCCUGCGGGAAUUGUGGCUACAAGGAGCAUCGCUCAGGGAACUGCCCAGCACUCGGAAAACAAUGCAGCAAGUGCGGACUUCGAAACCACUUCGCCAAGGUCUGCCGCGGACCGCCACGGAGGACCCGGUAG